AUGAGCGACAAUGACGAUAUUAAUGCGUCUCUUGCGCAUGUUGUGUUGUGCUGUGUUGCCGGACAGGGCCUUGGUCGCAUGCACGCCAAGUCCUUCACACACCCCGGCAUGCAUGCAAACUUCUUUGUCCACGGGAUAUUGGGAUUUAUGCACUAUCAAAGUGGAAAGUUCAACAACGAUUUUAAAUCAGCCUACGCGAUCAGCUUAGCAGCAUCAAAGUAUUUGGCGUUGCCGUGUCUAAACGCUGAUCUUUACCGGAGUGAUCAGAGUCUAAGCACGCUUCACCUCGUCUCCGGUUUGAUUCCUUUCGCGAUGGCCUUAGCUGGAAGUGACAACCCCCACCUCGGAAACCUUGUAAUAGCUUGCAAUAUAGUUUCGCUCUGUCUUUACUCUCAUAAGUAUGAACGCCCAUGGGGCUGGUAUACAGCGGGUGCUGGGGUAUUGGCGUAUUUUGUAACGACAACGGUAGCGAAGAAAAUUACUUAUCCACUGUGCUUAGCCCUGAUGGAUUAUUGCGCUUAUAGAGUAUUCCACAUUCAUUUUGCUACACCGACGUGA